CAAUCCAGAGGAAUUCUGGGAAGGUUGCGAAUUUUUUGUCCGCCAUGUUGUUAUGUAUAAAGGCGGAAAAUUUACCGUUAUUUUGCCUUCAUUUGUGAUUUUUAGCACAUUUCUCUAGAUUCUAUCUGAAUGAGAGGACGGAUGAUACCACUAUUUCUGACUUCAGCUCGGUGAUUUUGGCCUAUUUGGCCUAUAGAGGCACAUUCUGGCAUUUUUAAGGGAUCGUUGACACUCCGUCAUCAUGAGCAAGCUAAGUUUUCGAGCUCGGGCUCCCGAUCCCGCGAAGCCGAUGCCCAUCUACACAACAGAUGAGCUUCCAGAUUUGCCUGAUUUUUCCACUACCAAUCGGGCAGUUCCUCAAAUGCCCACAGGAAUGGAAAAAGAAGAAGAAUCGGAGCAUCAUUUGCAAAGGGCUAUUUCAGCACAGCAAGUGUAUGGCUCAGCAAAUCAUCUGGUUAUUCCAACCCCUGAGGUUCUCUCCAACCAGGAACUGUAUGAAAAUCUGUAUGAUGCAAGCUGCAAACAAAACAGACAGUACAUUCAUGUGCAGCCCCUUAGCAUGGAGCAGGACAUUCCAGAUUAUGAUAUGGACUCAGGGGAUGAGAGAUGGUUGAGUGAAGAGGCAAAACUCUUCACAGAUAUCACUCCUCUCAAAUUUGAGAUCAUGAUGGACAGAUUGGAAAAGGGAAGCGGUCAGAGGGUGAUGAAUCUGAAGGAUGCCAAGGCUCUUUUGAAAGAGGAUGAUGAUCUAAUCAUAGCAGUCUAUGACUAUUGGCUCAACAAGAGAGUCAGAGUGGGACAUGCGCUGAUACCCGAGGUCAAACAAGAGAAGCGUGAUGGCUCUACCAGUAAUAAUCCCUAUGUAGCUUUCAGAAGACGGACAGAGAAGAUGCAGACAAGAAAGAAUCGCAAGAACGACGAGGUUUCAUAUGAGAAGAUGCUCAAACUCAAGCGAGACCUUUCCAAGGCAGUAACACUGCUGGAGAUGGUCAAGCGAAGAGAGAAGAGUAAACGAGAAAAUCUUCACUUAACGAUCGAAAUAUUUGAAAAGAGGUAUCAAAUGGAUGAUUUCUCAGGGACCAUUUAUGCCGAGUGUGAGGAACUCAGCAAGAAACAACCUUCAUUUACGAUACCUGCUAUUCCUAAUGGCAACCAGUAUAGUACAUGGGGCGCCAAGGAUGAGAAUCUAGUGAAGAAGAAGAGGGAAUACAAGAAGAGGAAGCACAAAACUUCUUCAGACAAACCCCGUCAAUCAACAUCAUCCAGUCCUAGAGACAGGCAUGUUGUUGAGCCUCGUAUAUCGGACGAAGACACAACGGUUACACAACCUUCAAAAGUGCAAUCAUUAUCAGAUCAGGAGGAGGAGAAUGAUCCCGAUGGUAUCUAUGCAUUCAGAAGAAAGAAGGGCUGCAAUUAUCAUGCGCCUAACCCAGAGCUGGUCUGUGGGUGGCCUUGGUCAGAGGGCCAACACAAGGGUCUUAUGGAGAGGCGAUACCGUUACUGUUGCACCUCUAUACGAAGGCCUAGGAAGUGUAUUGGCUUUAGCAGGCGAAGAAUCGGUAGAGGCGGGAGGAUAAUCUUAGACCGUGCAAGAACGAUGUGGGAUGAUGAGCUAGAUGAUGUUGAUGACCGUUCAUACCCAAGGAGUCCGUCACCGGUGUCUUCAUCGGAUGAAGAGGACUAUCCUGUAUCACCUGUAGAUCCCAGACCCUCACAAACCAGUCUUCCACUUAGUCAACUCCUUGAAGAAAUCAAGGCAAAAAGAAUAUCACACUUUAGACCAAAGACGCCCCCACCCAGCAAAGAAAGCCAGUCGUUCUCAUCGUAUCCCUCCUCCUCCUCUUCAUCAUCCUUCCAUCAGUCAUCAUCGCUCUAUCCUUCCUUGCUAUCAGAGUCUAUCUAUAUGAGCUUCCCAGAGAGACCUCCUCCUACAUUAAGCCAUACUACUUCACUCUACACCCCUUCUCUGGAUACUGCCUCCACCUCCGCAUUCCUGGACCCCUCUCUUGAGGAGGAGAUCAUAGUAGAUGUGUCCGAUACACCCGGGACGGUCAUGUCUACGUUAGAACUCAACAGUGAGGGGUUGGACAGCGUGCCGGAUACGCUGGACUUGCAGUCCAUGGAGGUGGACGUGGUAGGUCAGGACGGGACACCCCCUGACCUCAACGUGUCGUUCACGUCGUUACCGAGGUCCAAGUUCAGUUUGGAACCGAGCGUGGUGAAAGUUUUAUCUCAGGAAAGAACUGGUGUUCCCGCGGCAAAAGGAUCCGUGCCAAAUCACAUACAAGUUGAUGACACAAACAAUGUAGAGAUCGAUAGUAAAUUAACAGCACCACAGGGCCACUCCACUGCCCCUGCAGAUACAGUACUACAGCUUAAUUUCCCCUUGCCGUCGUCAACGGGCAACAAGGCGUCGUCACUCCUAGCCUCCCUCUCCCAAUCAUCGCGCCUCAGUCAGGACAAAGCACGCACAAACUCUCUCUCCGACUCUUGUAACAGUCUCCUAUCCAGUACUAAUACCAAUUCACAAGACGACAAGAUGAAGAAGAGGGAAGGUUCAUCGUUGCUGAGUUCUAAGGAAUCGAGUCAGAGUAGUGGUUCACCAGCGAGUAACCUCUUGGCAAUGGGGGUCAAGAGAAAGAAUGAUGUAGAUACCAUUGCAAAGGAGAACCAUGAGGAAAGUCCAGGAAGAAAUCAAAUACCUAGUAACAAAUCGGUCCCCAUGGAGGUUACGUGAAGAAAGCCAUCAUUGCCCCCCUCCGAGGGCAUGGAUGAUAAGACGAAUAACAUGAUAGCACGUACGGUUUGCUAGAGGUCAUAUGAUUAAGAGCAUUGUAUAUGUAGCUGCGUGGACUUGUCACAGUAGAGAGUGAGAGAAAGAGAGAGUUGUGAUCAAUGGAAUAGCUUUUGUGAGGUAUUGUGAAUGAAAGGAAUUUUGAUGUCUCAAGUUAUCGUACAUUAUACAUGAUCUAUCCUAGCUAGCUACGUCUCCACUUCACUGGAGGAAAAAAAUAAAAAGACAAGACGAAUCCAUCCUUCAAAGUUAACUAUUGAUAUGCAAGUCAAUGAAUUUAUUCAACUUAAAUUAAAAAAUAUUACAUAUGAAAUAUUAUACCAAUGUUGGUCCAUCUAGUUUUUCUUUGAUUUGUAAAUAAAGAUUAAUCUUGUGGUUAUGUUAGAAAAUAUUUGGAAAAAAUAAAAAACAUGAACCAUUGCCUUGAGUCAAGGCAAUGGGUAGUCUUUUUGCUGCACAGCCAUUAAUACUAUUCUAUCCGUAGUGAGUUGAAACUUCUCCAAAUUCUCUAUUUGGGAUAUUUGUAGUUUCAGGAGCCUUUGAUAUUACUUUGAAAUAUACAUGAAAUGGGUAUUCACGUUACUCCAAGAUGCGAUGUGUAAUUAAAUAGCAUUUAACUAAAUCUCUGUAUUAGAGGGAAGAAACCGAAUGGCUCACCGCACACAAUCAUGUGUGAGAAGUUAUUUUUGUCAACAUGCAAGAGUUAGUGAUUUUCCAAUGGUACAAGCUUAGCUGGUAAAUGAUUGUGGCAAAUAUUACUUCUACGGCUGUAAUAAAUACAGGGGUUUGGCUGGUACAAAGGUAAUAACAUGAUUCCGCUUCAGCUCUGUAAUAUCGUGUACUACAAAAAUAAAAUACUGGUAACAACAUUAUCCAUUGUGUCUGUUGAGAUAAAUCUGUACCAUUCGCUGUACUGUGCAUUAGGAAAUCAAUAUUUUUAUACCAAAUGUUGCUGAUGCAAGACUCCACAGAAUAUGAAAGUCUGAGGCAUACUUUGCCAAUUUGUGGUUCAAGCAUUACCAGGUAUUUAAUCUAUGUAAUGAUUGUGAGAAGCAACAGGUCCCUGUAUCACGAUGUGUUGAUUGAUCCAAUCAAUCCAAAUUAUGGAAAGUCAAACACUUAUGAUUCUGAAUGCGCAUGUCUAGCAAAUUACUCUUCAUGUUUGCACCAUUCUUUUUACCAGUCAGCAUAUUCCUGUUUGUUUACAUUGGGUCAAUCCAUGGCUUUCCAGUCAACAUGUAGGACAGGGCCUGGUUACACAAUGCUUAGCGAGCUGAAUUUUAUAAUUGAUAUUACACUGAUCAGUAUAUGUAAUCUCAUUUUACAGAUCAACUGUACGGUCAAUCUCUAAGCUUUGUGUUAUCAAGCCUUAUGGGGUAUUGCAAGAAAAUUGCAGUCAAUUGCACAUUUCAGUUUCAAAUUUACAAGUGAUCAAUUUUAACUGAAGCAAAUCAAUUUGCACUUGAUGAUAUAUAUGAAGUACACCCAUCAAUCAAUUGCAAUUUGCAAUGAAAUGCAUGACUUUCGAUUGACUUUGGGACCUAGAAGUGACUUGCGAUCAAUUGCUAGUUUCUUGCAAUACCCCAUUUGUCAUCUAAUAGUUGCCCAGACACUGUACCAUAACUGAUGAGAUGUGAAAAUGAAUAGAUGAAGACUGUAUUUGAUGUCAACGUUGAAGUCGUUUCUCAAGGUUUAUAUUUACUUGGUCUAUGAGCAGUUGGUCUUCUUCUUAGAUGGUCUAAAUGGGCUAAACUUAUUUGGUCUAUUAUUGUAUAAUUGCCAUUCGAUCUUCACAACUGGGUUUUAUAGAUUACCGAAGUGAUGAUGUCACAAAGAACAUUUUUUAUACCAUACCUCAGCAGGGCGUGAUGAAAAACACCCAUCACCAAAAUUUGGUGGGAAUCUGCCCGUGAGGGCCUUAGUUCUGACCUCUUGAAUACAUAAUUAGCCCCAAGGAAGUCAAUGUAUUCAUGAGGUCAUAUCUAAGCCCCCCCCCCAUGGGCCGAUUCAUACCAAAUUUGGGUCGUGGAGGUAUUUCGUCAUGCUCAACAGAAAUAUGAUAUCAAAAUGGUAAAAAAAAAUAUUUUUUUAAUGACCUCGAACUUCGGUACUGUUUUCUUGGUCUAUGGGUCAGAAUGUUAAAUUUCCAUUUUAUCUACCAAUUAUUUUGUACUCUUUCAAAUGAAUUUCGAUUACUAAAAAUUCAUCUAAUCACAUAGAGUGAUGUUAGACCCAUUGGGUAUUAGACAAAAUGGGUAAAAGUUAAGUGGAAAUUCAACGAAACGGCAAAUUGACAAGUACACCAAAUUGUUAUGAAACAAUACAGUUGUAAACAAAUAAGGAUUAGACCAUGUGGGAUGUGACCAAAUUAAAAGUAGAUCAGUCCAGCUAAGAGUUACGAUUGAUCCCAUCAAACUCGAGUACAUGGAAAUCCAACAAAGUCAUAACUUUUUCUUCAGGCAAUUUGCACUCUGUCCUCUGUGAAAAUAGAGAAGCACACUGAAUUUUCAAGAAAAAUAUUGAUAUACAUCAUAUCUAGAAAAUAUUCUAAACAUGUAUUCUAGAUGUUGACGUUACUGGCUUUCCAUAGUUGUGGUUGAUUGGAUCAAUCGUAACUCUUUGUAAGACAGGGCCCAGGUGGGGUAGGCCAAGUGGCAUUUUACUAUUUCUAAAGCUUGUAUACAAAUCAUUUUGGCUCAGGUUCUUUGUAAUAUCCUCUUGAAGAGAACAGACCUUUGUGUGCCUCGCUAAUGUUGGUUUGAAUUGUUGGUAGCUUGUUAAUUCAUCACAUUCCAUUGAUAUUAGUAUGGGCUGGAUACCCAUGUGAAGAAAUCUACAUCUUGAGGAUGUAACAGUGAUUUAUGUCCACUGAAUGAAAUAUGGAUUGAGAGGUAUAAGGGCACUUUGUAAAACAUUUUUCGAUCCUAUUUUGGAAUAUUUUCCUGUUUUCAUGUGAUUUUUUUAAGAACAGCUUAUUUGGAAGUGCGACAUCUUUUCCUAAACUUUCAUCCCCUUGGCAACAGUUGCUAUCAGUACAAAUCUCAGCUUCAAUUCCCUGAUCAAUGCCUAGCUUUGUAAUGCGCUGACAAAGAGAAAUAUGUAACAAAAGUAAAAUUUCAUAUAUUCCCCACCCCCCCCCCCAC